AUGGCGUCUUCGUCAGUCUCACGCCCGGUGACCCUAAUCUGUGGUCGGGCGCGGUCCAAUGGCGAGGUCCACAGAAGCCAAGCCGUCUUGUUCAUCUCCGAGGAGAUGAGGGAGAAAGCGAGUGUGUAUCAUGAGGUGCUGACGUCUCAUGUCUCGGUUCUUUCCGUAGGUCCAUACGCCAAUGCCGUCCUCCGCUUCCAAGUCUCCUUCCCGGACUCGUAUCCGAACCUGCCGCCCCUGGUUACCUUUUCCACAGACAUGUUCCAUCCCCUCAUCACGCCUCUCACAACGUACAUGUACAGCACCGACGUCCAGGACAACGGUACCGUCAGUGCCACCGACGAGGAGCGCCUUCCGCCUGGAGGCUUCAGUCUACGUCAUGGCUUCCCGCACUGGUUUGGUAGGGCCAGUCGGUCCCGUGUUGAGCAUGAUGGUGGUCAACGAGGAAGGCCGCCUGCGUCUCUACAGAUGACGCCGCCGCCGGACACUCGCAGGGUCCAGACCGGAAACCAAUCCGAAGACGGGUCCGAGAAUGCCAGAGGAACGGAGGGGACAUUGGAGUCUACUCUCGAACCAGAAGCCAGCGCAGAUGUGGCUUCUGGCCGCAACAGGUCAGCUGCCAGACGGGAUGUUUCAACCUACGAGGUCCUCCGGUACAUCCGUAGCACCUUUGACGAUGCAAACGUUCUUGAUUCAGUCCCACUGGAGGCCGCUGGUAAUCCGGGCGCUUGGCAUGCGUGGCGCACUCACCGGCGGCAACAGGCUGCCAAAGUGACUUCUUCUCCCGCUUCAGUAAAGUCUGAUACGGGCUCAAAUUUGGCCAAGAUAGAUGAGACCAUCACGAGUCCUACGCCAAGCGGAAAUACUGAGGCAGAUUCAGCCACAUUGAAAUCGGCCGCGCCAAAGCGUCCUGACGAGUGGAACUGGGACGGUGUCUGGGAAGAGAGGGUCAAAAGGGGUAUCGCGACUAGCUUGUCAGAGCCGGUCUUGUUUGGAAAUGCUGGGGCGGCAGAUGAAGUGAUCAAUUUCAUCAGCAUGGAGGAACCAGACGUUGAGGGAACAAAACAAAACCUCCUUAGGACCCUUGGUGCUAUCCCUUAG